AUGUACGCUGCACUAAGCUGCCAUCCUCCGUUGGGACAGACGACUACUAUUUCCUCUGAUCGAGAAUCCGUCAGAUUCACUGUAGUCAUUGAGAGCUCCGCCGGCUCAGCAAAGACAUGGGAGGUUGCUCUGUGGCACAACUUUGAUACUCUGGACCAAUGGACAAGCACCAGUUUGCAGUCGAGUAACGAGGCAUCAGUGACAGCCGUCAGGCCCGAUAAAGCAGAUGUACAACGUCAGUACUAUACAAUCGACUUGCCUGGACGUCCAAAGCACGGGUCUUCUCUGUCGUACACCAUCACCUUCAGAGCUUCAGAGAACGAGCCCUGGAAAUGGGCCAAUGAACAGUUCUCAACUUCAGACGGUCGCAUCAUAUACCAGUCGCCAGAUCCGCUAAAAGAAGACUUGACAUAUUACCUUGAAGGUCUUCCACCAUUUCUCAACAUUUCCAAAGAACAGAGCGAUACGCCCAAUACGGUCCUAUGGGACCUGACCUACCCCGUGAGCGCAGCGUCAGGCAAGACAUCCGGUCACUCGAGCGAAAGGCUUGGCAAGCCGACAAAUCUUUCACGUUGGUUCGCUGAAGUCCGAUUAUGGGCUCCAUGGCUCGCUCCGAGACAGGGCAAGGACCGAUUCCAGCCGGACAAGGAUGCUAUGUUGGCAGCAUUCGAGCGCCAUGACGGCUCUCAUCUGGUUCUUCUCGCAGUGAGUGGAUUAGACGAGGUACUAACACUUCUCAAUCACGAUAGUGACGGCAGAGUCGUCAUGAACGCCAAGAAUGACAGCGAAAAAGAUGGCACUGUACGCAUCGUUGCUGCAGUAGGCAGAAAGUUGGACGACGCAGUAGCAGCCUCCAUGUACUAUGCUCGCAAGCUCGUAAUGGCAUAUGAAGCAUCGACGGGUCAAACCAAUGAAGAAGAGAAGGCUUUGGUUGACGACUUCAAACCGCAAUGGCUAGAGAACUGGUACGACGGCUUGACGUACUGCACCUGGAACGGUCUUGGCCAAAAGCUCACCGAAGAUAAGGUUUUCGAUGCCUUGGAGUCACUUCGCAAGAACGAGAUCAAUAUCAGUAAUCUGAUUAUAGACGACAAUUGGCAGUCACUCAACACUGAAGGCGGGGACCAGUUUAACAACGCUUGGAUGGAGUUUGAAGCAACCAAAACUGGGUUUCCCCGUGGUCUGAAAGCAACAGUGAGCGAUAUCCGAGAGAAGUAUAGUCAUAUCCGACACAUCGCUGUCUGGCACGCAAUCUUUGGAUAUUGGGGCGGUAUAGCUCCCGAGGGGAAGAUAGCCAAAGACUACAAGACCACCAAGGUACAACUGAAAGACGGUGUUUCCGGCGGAAAAAUCACCGUCGUAGCUGAGGAAGAUGUGGACCGUUUCUACAAGGACUUCUACGAGUUCUUGUCCUCGUGCGGUAUCGAUUCCGUGAAAACUGACGCGCAAUUCUUCCUCGAUGAACUCCACGAUGCAGACGACCGCCGCAAACUAAUGAAGUCUUAUCAGGACGCCUGGUCCAUCGCCCAACUGCGCUCCUUUUCCGCCCGCGCAAUAUCCUGCAUGUCACAAGCACCCCCUCUAAUCUUUCACUCCCAACUUCCCUCCAACAAACCACGCAUGCUACUUCGCAACUCGGACGACUUCUUCCCCGAAGUGCCCGCCAGCCACCCCUGGCACAUAUUCUGCAACGCCCACAACUCCAUCAUAACACAAUACCUCAACAUCCUCCCAGACUGGGACAUGUUCCAAACAAGCCAUGACUAUGCUGCCUUCCAUGCCGCUGCGCGUUGCGUAUCGGGCGGACCAAUUUACAUUACCGACGUGCCCGGCCAACACGACAUCGACCUCAUCCACCAGAUGACAGGAAAGACGCCCCGAGGCGACACUGUCAUUCUACGUCCCCACACCGUAGGCAAGACAACACAAGCCUACAACGCCUAUGAUGAUACGGUCCUCCUCAAAGUAACGACCUACGUCGGCAUGGCACACACUGGCGUCUCAAUCCUCGGUGUCUUCAACUGCACGCCCAAGCCAGUCUCUGAACUCAUUGCUCUGGACGCUUUCCCUGGUGCAGAAAAGGGUACGUACAUCAUUCGUUCGCAUACUGACGGUCAGGUUACGGAACCGACCAGUGUGGCGACGAACAAGGCCUUUGUACACCUUGAUUUGCCAAUUAGGGGCUGGGAGAUUCUCUCUGCGUAUCCAUUAUUGAAUGUCGAACUUAAGAGGGGAGAAGAUAGUGAGGCGAAAGGUCCAAGUAAGAUUAGCGUGGCGAAUCUGGGUAUUGUGGGGAAGAUGACGGGUGCGGCAGCGAUUAUUAGUGCAGAUGCGUAUGUGGAUAGGAACUCGGGAAGACUGAGGGUUUGGACGAGUUGUAAGGUUUUGGGCACUUUCGCACUUUACGUCUCGGAUUUGCCCAAGCGCUCGAUUGAGAAUGACUUCUUCGCUGUGCUCUUCGGCCGCCCUGUCCCAGCCCACUGCGUCAGUGUUAGCAAGGAAUGCGAGAAUGUGAUUGAAAUUGAUACCGUUCGAGCGUGGAAAGAAACUGAUUCAAAGGCUGGAUGGAGCAACGAGGUUGUCGUUGAAGUUGUUAUUCGAUGA